AUGCCGCGCACAUCCACCCGACAAGCCCCCCUUCCCCGAGGACAGGCCGGCAUCCAAAGUUUCGCAAGAACGACCAAGCCCGGUCUCAGAUCAGCCGCAGAUGGCAAGCAGGUCGUGGCCAGUCUUCCGGUCUCGCCUUCCAAGAAACGAAAACUGAACGAACUCGAGAACGUAGACUGCAGCAGCCCACGGACUCAAAAGGGGGAACCCACGACCGAAGCACUUACGCCCUCAAAAUCUCUCCGGAUCAAAGAACUGUCAUUAUCUACCCCCCGAAGUGGCCACUAUGCGUCUCCUACCCGUGCUUCACGGACUGCUGUUGCCGGGGAAAUUUCUGCGAUCCCGACUUCGCCAUCGAAGCGUGCCAGGGGUAAGACCACAUCCCGGCCUAGCGCGGCAGUUCUCCAUGUGCGUCCUGCCUGUGUGAACGACUUGCUUAAGCUGCAUUCGGCUUUUCUUAAAGCCAUCACGUUUCACCAUGCGCAUCACGGUACGGUUGCCCCCGCGGAUUUGAGGGAGUUUCUUCCUAGUGUUGAGCGGUUGUGGAAGAAGCGGAAGGUCGUGGUCAAGGAUGUGCAACGUUUACUAUGGAUUUGGGAGCAAGACUCGGUUGCCACGGGGCUCAACUAUCGAAUUGCCAAUUAUGGAUUGGGAAAGGUCUGUUUGGAGCGUGUGCGUCGGGAGCGGUGGGUAAUCGACGAUAAUGUAUUGCAAGAAGAGUUCGAGCAAAUCGUCGACUUGCUCUGGGAAAAGGCUCUGGAUGCCGCUGAUGGUGAUGAAAGUCAGGUGGAUUUUAUCGCAACGCUGGGCGUUUCGUCUAUCCACGAGUCGCUUACCCCAUUCACGAGCUUUCGGAAAGGCCAGCAGCGGUUGCAGGAUCUGAAGGGCGGGGUAAUUAAAAUGAAGACGGAGAGGCUUAAAGAAGCGCCGGUGGAGGAGUCCCCUGGGAAAACACCCGAUGCGACUAAUGCUCGUCGCACAGGACUUCUGGAUCGUAUCAGGAGCAAGGCACUCCGUCAGUCGAAAUUGCCGCCCCCUCCAUCAAAGGAGAUGCUGCUUCGUCGUGCUGCUGUUGAACGGAUUGAGGAAGUUGCCGGCGUGCUGGCUUUACUGAGGCCAGCUGGUUAUGUGGGUAGUGGGCCAACAGCUACUGUGGCUGCCCAGAGGAAGCCGUUCCGACUAGAGAUGAUUGUACAGAACGUCCAGGACUCAUCCAAGAAUCCUAUUUCAAAGAGAGAGGUGGAAAUUUGCUUAGAAGUGCUGGCUCGGGCCGACAUUGCUGGACAAUGGGUCGAUCUCGUCACCGUGAAUCAGGUCAAAUCCGUGGUUCUGAAAUCUUCUGCGGAUAUCAACCUCAAGGAUAUCGGCGCGAAGGUGCGCGAACUGAAGUUCGACGAGGACGAGCCUGCAUCACCCUCGAAACCCUAA